AUGGAUCUUGCCCGCAUCCGCGCCGCCAACCUCGAUGGCCGCACGCAAAACACGCGCUAUCGCCAGUCUCAAUUUCAUCGUUUGCAGUCGGCGCUUGUAGAGCGCAUUGCUGAUAUUCAAGAUGCCAUUCGGACUGAUUCCGGUCACACGCGCCUGGAAGUCCGCGCAGAAGUGGUCCUGGCGUUGCAGGAGCUGCGCACACACUAUACUUCGAUGAGCCUGCACAAAGACCUCGACGCCGAGUAUCGCAUCGCCAACGGAAGAGACAAUUCGGACAAUGCACGUGGGGUAGGGAUUGUCUAUAUUGUCCCAUCAACCCAUACGCUGUUCUUUUCGGUGAUCAGCGCAUUGGCAGCAGCGCUGGCGGCGGGCAAUUGCAUUGUUUUGGAGCUUCCUCAAACAACCAUGUCCCUUCCUGCGCUUCUGCGACAGAUCCUCUCGGAUGCGCUGGACCGUGACACCUUCGCCCUGACAGCUCAGCGCCCGGAUUCAUCGUUUCUCAACAAGACUCUCCAGGUAGUCCAGGCAGGAUCAGAAGAAAGCAAUGGGCUCAUUUCCCCCGCCACCUCAAGAACGGUUGCAGUCGUUGAUCGCACAGCCAAGGUAACGGAAGCUGCUCAGUCUCUGGUGGCUGCCCGCUUCGCCCUGGGGGGACGGUCUACAUACUCCCCCGAUCUGGUCUUGGUGAACGAGUUUGUGAUGAAGCCUUUCGUUGAGGCUGCUAUCAAACAUGCUUCCAAGUAUCUGGCAGGGGAGAACGGUGAGACCAGACAGCUUCCGGGGGUUCCCCGCCGUUCGAGCAUUCUCGAUUCCAUCCAAAAGGACCGGAGCGCACGAAUUCUGGUUUCAGGGAGUAACUGGGCUGUGGUAGAGAUUCAAGAUCGGGAUGAAACACUCGCUGCAACCUACGCCUUUGCGGCCCCUGCUUCGGCCAAAUACCUAACCCAGUUUAUCGACGCCGACAUCUCUUGGGUGAACCAUGUUCCCAGCCACAUGUUAAUCGGCCCGGCUCUACCCCGAAACACGUCUUAUAACCCACACACUCGCUAUGCGACUCUGCAAUUCCAGAAGCCUCGUCCUCAGCUAAUCACGCCGUCGGCCAGCGCGUUCGCGGCAGAUACUAUUCUGGAUGGAGCCCACGCAACAAGAGCUGAUUCCCUGUGGCGGGAAGCUCUGGCCCCACUGCCAUCUACGAAGCAACGGCCAGGGUUUAAGAUUGGUUUCUUCGAGCAAGGAAUUAUUACUGGAGGAGUUCUCACCCUGGUCUCACUGAUAGCAACGGCAUCUACGUUAGGAUAUUAUACUUGGGUUUACGUGCGAACACGCGGAUAG